AUGGCGAAGAAGCGCUUCCCCUCCACCUUCGUCCCCACCCCCCUCUUCCUCCUCCUCCUCCUCCUCCUCCUCCCCCGCGGCGAAGCCCCUCCUAUCGAAGGCCCCCCGAGCUACGCCUCCUUCGCCUUCGACGCCGGGGCCUUCCCGGUGGAGUCCGACUACGACUACAUCGUCGUCGGCGGCGGCACCGCAGGGUGCCCCCUCGCCGCCACCCUCUCCGAGGGCGGCCGCCGCGUCCUCGUCCUCGAGCGCGGCGGCGCCCCCUCCGAGUUCCCCUCCCUCGCCUCCCCGGAGGGCUUCCUCCCCACCCUCGUCGACACCGACGCCCCCGACUCCCCCGCCCACCCCUUCUCCUCCGAGGACGGCGCCGUCCCCAACGCCCGCGGCCGCGUCCUCGGCGGCAGCAGCGCCAUCAACGCCGGCUUUUACAGCCGCGCCCACCCCUCCUGGUUCUCCCUCCCCCGCGGCCCCUCCUGGGACAUGGCCCUCGUCAACGACUCCUACGACUGGGUCGAGAGGGCCAUCACCUUCCGCCCGGUGCUCCGGAGCUGGCAAUCCGCCGUGAGGGACGGCCUCCUCGAGGCCAACGUCACGCCGUACAACGGGUUCACGGUGCACCACCUCGCCGGGACCAAGAUCGGCGCCACCACCUUCGACUCCUCCGGCCGACGCCACAGCGCCGCCGACCUCCUCGCCUUCGCCAACCCCGACCGCAUCCGCGUCGCCCUCCGCGCCACCGUCGACCGCGUCCUCCUCAACCCCGUCCCUCCCGGCUCGCGUCGGCGGAACCAGCAAUCAUCGGCGGCAAUCGGGGUGCUAUACCGAGACCGGCUUGGGCGGCACCACCACGCCAUGGUACGGCCAGGGGGCGAGGUGAUCCUUUGUGCGGGUGCCCUCGGCAGCCCCCAGCUCCUCCUCCUCAGUGGCGUGGGCCCCCGCCCCUACCUCUCCUCCUGGGGCAUUCCCGUCGCUGCUAACCUCCCCGAUGUUGGCCAGCACGUCUACGACAACCCCCGCAAUGGCAUCUCCAUCAUCCCCUCGAUCCCCCUCGACCAUUCCCUUAUCCAGGUGGUUGGCAUCCCCACCGGCGAGGACAAAGACGCGGCCGAUGCAUCAUUCCUGGAGGCUGCCUCGAACAUUGUGCCCUUCUUCUCCCCGCCUCGCUCCGUCUUCCUUCACAACCCUUCCUCUCCUCUCUACGUCACCGUCGCCACCCUCAUGGAGAAGGUCCCAGGCCCAGCCUCCGUUGGCUCCCUCCGUCUCGCAUCACUCGAUGCACGGGACAACCCGAUUGUCCGCUUCAACUACUUCUCCAACCCGGAGGACUUGGACCGAUGCGUCGUCGGGCUCCGCCGGGUCGGCGACGUUCUCGAAAGCCGGUCGAUGCAGGAGUUUCGGUCGGUGGUCGGGUGGCUGCCGUGGAGGGGGAGGGGGGAUUUCAGGUAUGUGGGGCCGGCUCUGCCGGCGAACCGGUCAGACAGGGCGGCGAUGGAGGAGUUCUGUCGGAGAACAGUGGCAACAAUAUGGCACUACCACGGCGGGUGCGUGGCUGGGAAAGUGGUGGAUGGUGACUACCGGGUUAUCGGCGUGGGCGCCCUUAGGGUGGUGGAUGGCUCCACCUUUGCUAUCUCACCAGGCACCAACCCCCAAGCCACCCUCAUGAUGAUGGGCAGGUAUGUGGGACGGAAGAUGCUAGCUGAGAGGAAAGAAAAGAGCCAUAGGAGAAGAGCGCCGUGGCCUCCUCGGCGGCAUAUGUGAGAUAUACAGAGAGGGAGAGCUCUGUUUUGCUUGCCCCCCUCAGGAUCGAUCAAUCGAUCGAUCGAUCGACUCUGCUUUUGUAUAUUCCACUGCCCCCCUUGAUUGCAGCUAUUCAGAGUACGUUCUUCCUUUUGCUCUUCUUUUUCUGAUGGUAGUAAAAGAGAGGGAGGAGGAAAAAGGAUACGGGCUAUCUUUCUUCUGGAAUCAGUUUAGCAAUUUCUUCUUCUUCUUUUUUUUCCCUUUUCUUUCAUACGCUUACUGAUAUGAUCUGACACUAGCUUGUAGCCACCGGUUGUCCGUACAUAUUGUGGUAGCUUUUUUGUAACGGAUGUAUAGUUUUGUUAUGUUGCGAAUUUCAUUCGUUAUUGCUGCCGGCUGUUUCCGACUGCU